CAUAGGAUUACUUCAUCCCUCAUCUUUCGCCGAACGAUCGACCGCGUGGGUUCACUGUGAAGGCAAACGCAAUGGUGCUAGGAUGGUUUUGGGGCUCAAGUUCUUCCAACGAUCCGGUGAAGAACCUUGAUCCGUCAUUGGAGAAAGUGCUCAAGAGUCAGGAAUCACGACCAUCAAGCCUCCCAAAAAUUGAAAGCCAGACCUCCUACACACAGAAACUACGCGAAACAGGUGACUUACCGCCGGCAAGGACAUCUGAUUCACAGUCUCAACCGCAAUCGAAAGUACCACCUCAGUCGCUCUUCCAAGAUGGCCGCUAUGCACACCUGUGGAAGAAUUACGAACCCCAGGCCAUAGUAGAGUCGCGGGGUGAGACUGAAAUCGACAAGUUGAAGCGCCUUAGCGAAGACAAUGAGAUGCGAAGAAUAGAGCUGGGCAAGGCUGCGCUGGAGAACUGUGUAUUCGAACAGUUGGCAGAGGUAGAAUGUCUCCGGAAUGGGAGCGCUUACUCGAAAAUGACCCUGUGUCGGCCGGAGAAAAAGACCUUCCUCGACUGCUACGAGAUGCAAUGCAAGUUUCUCAAGGCCUUGGGAUACUGGGAUGCGGUUGGCGAUCCGCCGAGAGCUGAUGCAAUACAGAUGCACUCGGAUAAGCUGUGGCAGCGAUUGAAGGCGCAAGAAGCGGAAAUAAAGAAAGCGAAAGAGGAAGGAAGGCCAGUGCCACAAUUUGACAGCAUACUGUCUCCAGAGAACGUACGCGCAGUUGGUGGUUCCCUGAAGAAGCUUGCGUUGCCAUUGCCCGCCUCAAACGAUGGGAAUUAUCCGUAUCCGUCCAUACCGCCAGAUCUACGCGAGAGCUUCGACAAGCGGAUUAAAAACAUGUCCAAAGAAGAGGCAAAGGUCGAGGAGGCCGUGUUUCUUGCCGAGAUGGAGCAGAAGCGGUCGGUGAUCCUGCAAGGCGUUGGAUACCUCCGAGCAGAAGGGGACGCGAGAAGGAAGCGGUUCGAAUCAGGCGAAGCAACCAUAGGGGACAGGAUAAAACGAUGGACGAAUUGGGAUGCCUGGGACUCGAAAUUCCCGCUGCCGGCGGAUGCGCAAGCACGACAACAGCCGCAAGCAGCUCUUCCGGAAGUGAAAAAGUAGCUAUGGACAGAGAGCACAGUACUAGAACAACGUUUAAUCAAGCCGCCUUUCCAUGCAUACAAAAGACAUUUUUUUUCCACUGUCUCGCUUGCGGACAUGUCGUCAGCCACUCUGGAGACCGGUCUUUCGAACAUCUACUUUGCGUGCCGAGAAUCCAUAGCCAAACAUUAAAACGUGACGAAUGAAUGUGCAGAAUGCUCUACGCUUCUUCAUCUUUUGCAUCGAUCUUUCCUUUUUUUCACGCAAUAGGGCUCC